AUGGAGAAUGUACAGGUUGCGCAAACCGCCACACAAGAUGGAGACUCUGACAUGGGCUCUCCCGCUAUGCCACUUGACGAGCAACAAAGAAAUGAGUACCUCACGAAAGACCACUUUGAACAGGCAAUAGAGGCGAUGUCAGCAAAACUAAUACAGACUUGGCAAUCUACAGCAGACCAAAUUAAAAAGGAAGUCAGGGAUCUUUCAAACAGAACAUUGUCAGUAGAAGCACAGUGUCAAGACUUAACCACCACACAAACCGAGCUAUCAGACCACAUACAAAUCUUACAACAAAAAGUAGAAGAAAUGGAAAUCAGAAUGGCAGACUACGAGGAUAGAGCGAGGAGAAACAACUUGAGGCUGAGGGGAGUCCCAGAGUCUGUUCAACCCGACGACCUACAAUUAUAUGUAAGGGGCCUAAUGUCCCUGACAUACCUGCGGACAUGUUGCUAA